AUUAAUCACAUAGUCCCGUUAUACCCCAAAUAAUGGGAGAUAAUCAACUUUGUUGAAACCGAAACAAGAAAGAUUAAGAAGAAUGGCUGAAAGAGGGGAACUUCAAAUAAUUCAGAAAGGUCAGGACUUGGAUCCUACAUGUACACCUUGCAGAGAUGAAAAUAUGAGAAUUGAGGCGUUUUAUUAUUGUUCUGAGUGCCAAGAAUACCUAUGUACACGCUGUGGAAGACAACAUAGUCGACGAAAAGCUACGAGUGAUCAUGAACUACAAACUGCUAAAGUCUCCACAGACAGGAAGACAUUGACUUCCAGGACUAAAUGCCGUGACCACCCGGACCGUGAUAUUGAGAUGUACUGCAGCACGCAUGAUAUGGUGUAUUGUGUCAUGUGCAUUGCUCAAGAACAUAGAUCGUGUGCUGAUGUAAAUGCAAUAGGUAUCCUGACAAAUGUAGAGCUACCACAAUCAGACAUAGACUAUCUCAUUGACGAAUCCAAAAGUGCAUCAGAAUGUUUGAAGGCUGAUAUACUUGAACAACAAAAUAAUAUUACCACUUUGAAGGAGCAGAAACGAGAAAUACAAGACAAACUGAACAAAUCAGAAAGUGAAAUGAUUAAACACAUAGCUAACCUAAAACAGGAGAAGGCUAAGACUCUUGAUGAAAAGUACUCUCAGUUAAAAGGAAACAUUGAAAACGAUAUGAGCUCUUCCUUAAACACAAUAGGAGCAUUAAAGGAUAUAGAGGAAAAGCUUAACUCCGUCACCAACUUGGACCCACAACAAAAAUUCAUUGAGAUAAAGAUUAUGAAGAACUGUAUUAAAGAUGCUUACACGUUACAUGCAAGAAGUACAUUUAGCGGGCCAAAGUCAAUCAUGUUAUCUAGUAGCGGCGAUACUGUAAACUUACCGUCGGCACCUUUUUCUUUCGGCGAGAUAAUCACUGUGGAAAAUAGCAGACAAGCAUCCAAUCCGAAGCGUUAUAGACUGGAAUCGAAAAGUGGAGAUUAUUAUGGCAUGGUGUAUUGUGAUGGUAAUUUAUGGUUGUCUACAAGCAAAGGUAUCAACGUACACUCUAGAGACGGAACUCUUAUCAAUACAAUUGAAAAAGAUUUGAAUCACAUGGCUAUAUUCAAAACAAGUACGAUUCAGCACAUGGCUGUCGCUGCUGAAAAAGUAAUUGUGACUGAUUUCUCUGAUGGUGCUGUUUGUCUUUGUAAAGAUGGCAAAGUGUUGGCAGAACUAAGAGAUGAACGUCUGAAAAACACAGAUGGUGUGUGCGUCACAUGUAACGGUACCGUUUUUCUCUGCGGAUAUAGCUCCAAUAACAUCAUUAUGUUUAGUAUUGAUGGAACAUGUUUUGGAGAGUUGGUUGUUGCAGAAUGCGGACUGAAAAAUCCAAUCAGUUUGUGCUUUGAUAAAAAUAGAAAUAAUCUACUUGUGACAUGUAACAGGUCAAAUGCAAUUACUUUAAUUGAACUCGGUGUUUAA